AUGCCCCAGGCUGUAACUCCUCAGGUGGACGCCCGGACAGAAGAGAAGCUGAGACCACAGUACAUCGGAGCAUCAGCUGCGGCAGAUGAUGUCUUUGUGCACAUCCUGGGAGGCCGCCUCGUAGAGGAUUUUGCUGAGAGGAGGAGGAUAAAAGGGAUCAUAGUUGCGGCUAUAAAAUCGAGGAGGCUGCAGAUGCUGGAGAAUCUGCUCAAGAGCAAAGGCAAAGGCGCGCAUAAACGGGCAGCGUUGGUUUUGAAAACAAUUGUAGAGACGGACGAAGUUGAUCGAAGGGCGGUCCUGGAAAUGCUGGUGGAGUUGUUGGGAGGAUUGAGCGAGGUUGUGCAGUGGGCGGCACUUUUUCUGCUUGAGAAUGUUGCCAAGUGUGACUUCCGUACUUUACUCACAGUGCAGGGCAGCCUUGAGAGGCUGGUGGGCCUGCUGGGGAGCAAUGACGAGAUUGUGCAGGAGGCGGCAGCGGGGUUGCUCUCGCACCUGAGUGAAUUUUAUUUGUGCGCCAUAGCCAUAGCCGCC